AUGAGCUGGCCUUGUUUCCGGACAUCGGCAAGACUGAUGGCUAUUGUUCCGGAAGAACUAAGUGGUUCAGUGGCCGCUGUUGUUGAGCGCUUCAAACGACGCCGAGAAGGAAAUCGUACAGCAGUUGCUGGUGCGACCGUUGCUUCCCAGUGUUUUGUCUGCAAGAUUACUGUAAAGCAAACUCUUGGAAGAAGUUGCUAA